AUGCUCGGAGUUUCUCUGCGUGAUAAACUUAGAAAUGAGGAUAUCCGCAGUAGAACUAGAGUAACCGACAUAGCCCAACGGAUUAGUAAGCUGAAGUGGCAGUGGGCCGGCCAUAUAGCUCGAAGAACCGACAACCGAUGGGGAAGAAAGGUUCUCGAGUGGCAGCCUCGUACCGGUAGGCGAAGUGUAGGGCGACCCCCCACGAGAUGGAGUGACGACCUGGUAAGGCAUGCAGGAAGUCGAUGGAUGCAGCAUGAGGGACGGCUUUCUACGGCGACGACUGAAGAUAACAACAGUGUUGUGCGGCGUAAGAUAGAGACUGCCAAAAGAGUGAUUUAUCAGCAGAUUCGGACAAGCUUAGACAUUGUGAUAUAUUUGUUGGAAAAAAUUGAACAUAUUUUGGAAUUUCCUGAUAAUAGGAACAAUUCCAUACCACCCAUAAAUCAAUUAUUAAUAGCUUUAAGAUAUUAUGCCACAGGCAAUCACUUGCUUGCUGUGGCUGAUAUGGGUGGUACUAGUUUGGCUACAUCCAGCCGGAUAGUAAAGAGAGUGUCUCAAGCAAUUGUUUCCCUACGUCGAGAAUUCAUUAUAUUUCCUGAUACAAACAGAGACCAAGACAGAGUUAAGAUAGACUUCUAUGAUAUAGCUAGAUUCCCUAAUGUACUAGGCUGUAUUGAUUGCACACAUGUAAAAAUUCAGUCACCAGGUGGAGAUGAUGCUGAACUAUUUAGAAACAGGAAAGGCUACAUGUCCAUAAAUGUCCAAACAAUUGCAUCAGCAAAGUUGUUGGUCCAGGAUGUUGUUGCACGCUGGCCAGGCUCUACACAUGACUCAGCAAUUUACCAAAAUAGCUAUAUUUAUAGAAAGUUUGAAAGAGGGGAGUAUGGAGACAGCCAUUUACUUGGGGAUAGUGGCUAUCCCUUAAAGCCUCAUCUCUUGACACCUUAUCUCAACCCUACAACAAGUGGAGAACGAAAAUAUAAUGAGGCCCACAUUAGAACACGAAAUGUGGUGGAACGGCAAUAUGGUGUGCUAAAACGAAGGUUUCCAGUACUUGCGGUUGGAAUUCGUUUAGCUUUAAACAAUGCCAUUAAUGUCAUUAUAGCUUGCUGUAUCUUGCAUAAUAUAUGCAUAUUAAGAAAUGAGCAACAGCCUGUGAAUAAUGAUGAUGUGCCUAACCUGGAAGAGCUAAUUGCAAGGGGACAAAUAAAUAAUAUGGCAUUUUCUGACAGACCUUCUUUGUCAUAUGGAUUUCGCAGAAAUCAAAUUACACAAUAUUUUGAUAAUUUAUAA